GUCGCUGUUUGCGGUGAAGGCGUACGGUUCGUAGAACCGGAGUAGAAGGUAUCGGUGGAUGAAGUAGUGUUGUUAACCGGUAAUGAGUGCUUGUAUCACUGCAAAUCGUCGAAUUCUGGUCAAUAUUACGAAUAUGGAGAAUCAUGAUGUCAAAACGGUAAUGGAGAAAGUGUCGGGCGGCAUUGAUGAAGUACGUGACGUGAAGGGCGUACGAGCAGAGCCGACGCCUGCGGCGUCAUCGUUACCCGCUUCGAAACAAGUGUCGCUCUCUACUGGAGAAAAUAUAAACAAAAAUGACUAUAUGAAUGGGAAAACCUGUUCAAAAUUAUUAGUAAAAAAAUCUGGAAAAUUUGAAAGUGGAAGUGGUAGUGGAGAUCAGGAAGGUGGUCAACAUGAGGAUGGAAUUGAUAUUGCAGCGAAAAAAAGAAAGACUCGUAGAGGUAAACCUAAGCAUAGAAAAUUAAAACCAUAUUCAAAACAACAGUUAUCAUACCAACAACAGCUACGAUAUAGAUCUAGAGGUCGAUUAGCAAAAACUGGUAGACAGCCUCCAGCACCAUACAACACUACACAAUUUCUUAUGGAUGAUCACAGUGAUCUUCCAGACCUUGACCAAAAGCUUUCAGAAGCUGCAUCAUCAGAAGUACCUACUACAUUUCAAAAACCAUCAGCUCCUUCUCGUACCAGAGAUUCUAGUUUCAGUGUUGACUCUGAUGAAGAUUAUUUUUAUUCCUCUCCAGAGGAUGAAGAAGAAUUCUUGACAAAGGAAUUCUCAACUGCAUACGAAGACCUUCAUGCUGAAAGAUUAAGUACAUUAAGUAAAACAGAAUUGAUACAGGAAUAUCUACAGUUAGAAGCAAAAGUAGAUUUAUUAACAAAACGAUUACGUGGUAAAAAUUUUCAUCAAACAGAGGAACGAGACUUGGAAAGUAAAAGCAGUAGUACAGAUUCAGAAUCAGCAAAAAAAUUAAAAAUUUGCCAACAACGGAUUGAUGAUUUAAUGCAACAAAAUGAACAAUUAAAACAAGAAAAUGAGUCAUUAAGGGCUCAGAGAGAUGGUUGGCCAGUUUCAAGUGUUGAUAGCGAGAGCGAUAGUGAUAGUACAAGUAAUGGAAAUAGGAGCAGAUGUUGUUGUGUCCAUUCAAAUUCCAGCUCUUCUCCAGAACAUAUGGGAUAUACUCCUAGACAUGAGAGUAGUCAGAGGAAAGACAGUUCUGUGUCCAGUACUGAUAGUAAAAGUGAUAGUUGUGAUAACUCAGUGAUAGUAGCAAGUGAGAGUUCCAAGGCAUCUAUGAUCCCAGUUAAUCUUUCUAAUGGCCAUGUAGCCAUUCAAAAGAUUGACGGUCUCCCAACAUAA